AUGACUCUCCUAUACACACGAUUCAAUAACUCAAAUCAUCAGUUACAUUCCACUCGACAACUCCAUUCCCUCACACGUCGUCUAUUCAAACUUCCCAUCCCCCCGACGGCCCCCUCACAGCACCAUGACCUGACUUCCUUCCUCCACUACGCCCAACGCCAAUCCCUCUCCCCAACGACAACGACCUACAUCGGCACACACUACGAAUACACCGUACAGGAAAAACUCCGCGCAUUCUCCUUCGAUCUGACCCGCACCGGCGGACGCGAUGACCUAGGAAUCGAUCUACUCGGCACCUUUCACCCCCCGUCACACGAACACCCGUUCCGAGUCCUGGUACAAUGCAAAUCACUACGGACGAAACUAGGUCCGAACCUGGUGCGUGAACUCGAAGGGACGUUUGCACGGGCGCCGCGCGGAUGGGGACCCGGGACAGAUGCCAUCGGGAUACUGGUGAGUCCGCGCGAAGCGACGCGCGGAGUCCGAGAUGCGCUGGCGCGAAGCGCGUCGCCGAUUCUGUGGUUGACGAUGCAGCGGGAUGGGUGGUUACGACAGGCUUUGUGGAAUGCGCGGGCGCAGCAGUUGGGGUUGGGUCCGUUGGGUGUUCAGGUGCGGUAUGACAGUGUCGAUGGCGGUGAGAUGAAGUCUUCUGUCGUGUUGACCUGGGAUGGAGAGGACUUGAUGUCUAUGGAUCAGACGGAGGAUAUGAUGCUGCGCGUGGAGGAACAGUGGUGGCAGAUGUGGAGGGAGAACGAGUAUAAAGACGGGGAUGAUACGUCUGGAUAUACGCAUCUGCAGGUGCUGGAGGCCAUGGAGCAGCUGUUUCCGCAGGAGAAACCGCUGCUAUAUGGAGAUUCCUGUAGCAGUCUCUCUCGCGAGGAUCGAGAGCGGGUGAUGGAGUGGUUGAGGCUACGUAUAGAUCAUAACUGA